AUGGAGGGCACCGGGACCGGCUUUCGGAAGGAGCUGGUGAACAAGCUGCUGCACCUGCACUUCAGGGAUCCCAAGACCAGAGUCAGUGCGGACGCCCAACAGCUCAUGGCUGAGAUGCUGAGAAUUUUCGUGGUGGAGGCAGCUGUCCGUGGGGUCCGGCAGUCCCAGGCCGAGGACGUGACCCGAGUGGAGGUGGACCAGCUGGAGAAGGUGCUCCCCCAGCUGGUAUGA